AUGGUUGAGACACGAUACGAUGGACGAUGGCCGUCGCACUCGGCAACGAGCGAUAGUGACGCCCCUCCCGCACGGCGGACGCAUCGUUCAACCACAGUCGCUGUGCCUUUGCCGCCAACCUCUCUUGCUCCUGCAGAUAGUCACGCCAGCAAGCGCAAAGGAAAAGGAAGUGCAAAUAAGAAACGCGGGGCGGACUCGACAUUGCGCAAGCAAAAGUCGGCGACGCGAUCUUCAGGAAUCAAGAUUCCGCGCCCACCAAACGCGUACAUCUGCUAUCGUUCCGAGCGACUGCACCAGCAUCGCACCGGUCAGCUCUCAUCAUCUCUUCGGAAUGUGCUUUCCGCACGCUCGCUUGUGAUUCGUCCAUUCCCAGCCGACGUGCCGCCUCCUGGCAGCCCAAAAUACCAGGCCGCACUGUCCAAGGCGCUCGGUCAGAUGUGGAAGUCGGAAGACGAACCGAUUCGAACCUACUUCUUCGCUGAAAGCUCUCGGAAAGCGGAUGAGCACAGGGCAAUGUACCCGGACUACAAGUUCAAACCGACAUUGACGCCAAAGGCGAAGCUUGCACGUCUUGCACGCAGAGGUGCGAAGCUCCCCCAACUCGACGCAUCGAUGGAAGAUUCCGCGAGGCGUAAGGAGGAGGGACCAGAGUCGGCAAGCCGUGAGCGCGUCUCUGCGCGGUACGGCGUCCAUUCAAUAACCAUAACUGGGGACAAACUUGACGAGAGCCAACAAGUGCGCGGCGUCUACAAGCCCGAUAGCGAUGAAGAUGACGACGUCGACGAGCGCUGCUUGUCCACUGUCUCCGAAGCUGCCCGGUAUGCCGUUAGCUCUCGCCCACCUGUCGACGCCUCCAAAGACCAUGGCUCAGAUAAGGCAGAUGCCGGCGACUACUCUAUCGAACUGGUUGACUAUUUCGAUGGAGGAACCCACAAUCAUUAUGACGACGGUGAUCAGUUUUUGUCCUUUACAUCCGUAACGAGUCUUUCUGCCGGCAAGCCAUCAGCUCACGGUCUCGAUGACAUGUGCAGUGCCUUUGGCUCUGCCGCCCAUGCAACCUUCGGCGGGAUAGACCCUCGUGCCGUGUACUUUGGCAAGAGCGAUCUCGACUUCAGAAGUGACAGGCACGCGAUAAACAACCUACCUCCGGAUGCAAGGAUUGCAGAUGGAAUCGACCCUUUCUUCCUCGGACUUAAUGAUUUCAGCACUGCACAACCAGCCUGGGGUCGUUGA